AUGGAAGUGAUUGGAACACCUGAAUUCAAUGAUUUGGAUGGGCUUUUGUUCCGGGUAAAACAGGUUCAUCGACUUUAUUUGAAUAGCUCUGCAAAUAAGGAGCAGUACAGGGACACUAUAUUGCCUGUAAAGAGAAGAACUCUGGGAAGCAACAACAGAAGAUGACACAGAAUAUUCAGCCUUCACAGUCGUGAACUCCUGGAACUGGACAGCUUAAUUCCAUCAGUCAGCAGAUCUGGAUAGAGCAGCAUGAUUUAUGUACGCAAAGUGGGGCCCCAUCUGGGACACACAAGACAGCCACACAGCAGAAUUAUAAAAUUACUUCUGAUGGUUUUAAUUCUGAUCAUAUCAAUAACCCUCACUGUCAAGCUCUUGAACAUCGAUCUAGAAUUUAAAUUGGAAGACCUAAGAGAUUUGUCACAUGAAGGACCUGAUUACAGCAUUACGAGAUCCAUCCCUCAUGAAAAGUCUUCUCCUGCUGGUAAAUGCGGCCUCCCACAGCCGUGUCCUGAGGAGCACUUUGCCUACAAGAUAUCCAGUGGAGCAGCAAAUGUGAUAGGUCCAAAAAUAUGUUUCAAUGGAGAGAUCUUGAUAGGUGUGAAAAAAACUUCGGGACUAGGAAUUAACAUUGCUGUUGUCAACGGCAAAACUGGUGAACGUGUCAAUGCCGAUUCCUUCGACAUGUGGAGUGGUGAUGUUGAGCCACUUGUACAAUUUCUGACUUCAAUUCAAAAUGGCUCAAUUGUGCUGAUGGCAUCCUAUGAUGAUCCAGCAUCAAGACUUAACGAUGAAGCAAGGACACUCAUCAGUCAGCUUGGCAGUUCACAUAUUUCAACACUGGGGUUCAGAGAUAACUGGAUCUUCAUAGGAGGAAAAGGCAUGAAGAACAUAAAGCCACUGGAGAAGCAUCUAAAGAAUGACAAGUCAGUCAACAAGUAUGGCGACUGGCCAGAGAUGGUAGAGAUGGAUGGCUGUAUACCAUGGAAACAAGACUAGGACCAAGAUAUCAUCAAACCCCAUUUUCCACACAAAUUAACCCCACACUUAUUUUGCAAUUUAUACAGACCGUCUUUCUGGACAAACUGUUUGCAGGGAUGUAUAGUGUAGGGAUGUAUAGUGCAGGGAUGUGUAGUGUAGGGAUGUGUAGUGCAGUGAUGUGUAGUGUAGGG